AUGACGCUUGCGUUGACAUCUAUGAAUUCAUCGAGGAACUACAACCCGUUCUUCUUCCUUCUUCAUCUCACCGACCCCUUGAUCAAAAGGGAUAGACUGGCGAUUGCAGAAACAGCAGGAUCCUCGAUUAGAAGAAACCUAGAGACGCUUAAUUCCACCCUAGAGGAUGCCCUCCUUCCCAACAACCCUCUGCAGUCUAUCCUAGGUGAUUUUCGGGCCAUGGAUUGGUUUCCCCAACCUUCAGUUACAGAAGACUUCCUCGCUACCGACUACAUAUUUGACGAUUGCUUCUCUUCAAAGCUCUCCAAUCAGCUUCACCAAUUGACGGUGGAAAUAGUCGAGACUUCCGAGUCCAUGACUACUGGAAAUUGCGAUCAACACCAAAAGACUCUUGAAAUGGCAGACCUAGCUUCGCUCUUCACAAUAUCAAACCUGUCUGCAUUCAUAUCGGCAUUUUUUCAUUCCCUCCACUGGCAUUUGCCCGUCGUGCAUUUCCCGACUUUCGAUCCAGGACAAGUUUCUAAUCCUCUUCUUCUCGCAAUAUUUUUAGCUGGGGCAAAGUAUACCAACACUCGAGGCGAAUCUGAUAUUCCGCCGGGACUUCUUUGCGUGGCUGAAGAGCAUAUUUUUCGGCGAGUUGCGAACCUAUCAACGACAAAGCUUCUAGAAAAUCCUGCUGCUGGUCUUGGUUCCGCCGUCGAAACCAUUCAAGCUGCUCUUAUUAUUGAAAUGUUACAGUUUGCACAGGAUGAUGUGCAAACGCGACGACGUAUUCGAGUCGUCAGGCAUCCGUGUCUGGUGUCCAUCAUCCGGUCCUUGGGAUUCUUCAGCUUGAGACGUCGUAUGAUGCUCGAAGUCUGCUGUGAUGAAUCUAGAUGGCGAGCAUUGAUUUCGGAAGAGAUAUGUAUUCGCAUCGCAUGCUGGGCUUUCCUUGCAGAUGGAUUUCUUACAGUCUGUUUCAAAAACCACCCUGUGCUGUCAGCAUUUGAGAUGGCCUGUGAUUUCCCGUGGAGCACCGAGUUAUUCGAAGCUGAAAGUGUGACAUCUUUUAACAAGCUUGUGCCUACCUAUGCGGCCGAGUCGUCUCUUCCUCCGCUGAGAGAAGUUGUUACUAAGUUGCUGAACAAUUCUGAUGCUGACAAUCCAUUACCGUGGAGUCAUUCAAUGUCAGAAGAACAUCUUUUGAUUUUAAUCUACGGAAUAAGCUCUUUCGCCUUUCAAGCACGAGCUGGCUUAUUCGGCCACAUAUCCCUAAACACCAUCAAACAAGCCGCCAGCAAAUGGAAAUCCAUCUGGGAAUCCAUCACCACAGGUCUCUGCCACUUGAACAAAGAAAAAGCGUUACAUUUGGGGUAUUCAAAACACGCUGAAGAACUCUGGUGGCUGUUGAAUGCUACACUAGAAGCUUCUACGGUAGAUAAUAAGACCGAAAGCCUACGGUAUUUAGAAAGUGGAGAGACGGAUGAGUUGACGAAUCUGAAUGAGUUUAUUCAGUGGUGUUACAAGACGUGA